AUGCCACUAUUGGACGGGAAAGAAAUCGACAUAUUUUUUAGUGAAGAAGAUUUGCCAUAUGAAGAGGAGAUUUUGAGAAAUCCUUUUUCAGUAAAACACUGGCUAAGAUACAUUGAACAUAAGAAAGCGGCUCCGAAACAUGAGAUUAACAUGAUCUAUGAGAGAGCUCUGAAAGAGUUGCCUGGAUCAUUUAAGCUUUGGUAUAACUAUCUAAAGUUACGAAGAAGUCAAAUUAGAGGGAAAUGUAUCACUGACCCUUGUUUUGAAGAUGUGAACAAUUGUUUUGAAAGAUCUUUGGUAUUCAUGCAUAAAAUGCCUAGAAUUUGGAUGGACUAUUGCACUUUUCUCACUGAUCAAUGUAAAAUCACUAUAACAAGGAAAGCAUUUGAUAGUGCUUUAAGGGCUCUGCCUAUAACACAACAUCACAGAAUAUGGCCUCUUUAUCUAAAUUUCUUGAAAAAACAUGAUAUUUCUGAAACAGCUGUCAGGGUGUUUAGAAGGUACCUCAAGCUAUGUCCUGAAGAUACAGAAGAAUAUAUUGAUUAUUUGAUCUCUAUAAACAAAUUGGAUGAAGCUGCAGUAAAAUUAGCUCAAAUAGUAAAUAAUGAGAACUUUCAAUCAAAACAUGGUAAAUCAAACCAUCAACUUUGGAAUGAACUUUGUGAGCUUAUAUCUAAAAACCCUGAUCAAAUCCAUACUCUGAAUGUAGAUGCUAUUAUCAGAGGUGGACUAAGACGCUAUACAGAUCAACUAGGUCAUUUAUGGAAUUCGCUGGCUGAUUACUAUGUAAGGAGUGGUUUAUUCGAGAGAGCUAGAGACAUUUAUGAAGAAGCUAUUCAAACAGUUACCACAGUUAGAGACUUUACACAAGUGUUUGAUGCAUAUGCUCAAUUUGAAGAACUUAGUUUAAGUAAGAAAAUGGAAGAAGUUGCUAAAAAGCCUAGCCCCACUGAAGAUGAUGAUAUUGAUCUAGAACUAAGACUUGCUCGAUUUGAGUACCUUAUGGAACGAAGACUACUGUUGCUCAACUCUGUACUUCUGAGACAAAACCCACACAAUGUGGCAGAAUGGCACAAACGAGUUAAACUUUAUGAAGAUAAACCUCAUGAAAUUAUUGAUACAUACACUGAAGCCGUGCAAACAGUAGAUCCUAAACUUGCUGUAGGCAAAUUAUAUACUUUGUGGGUUGGAUUUGCAAAAUUUUAUGAAAAAAAUGAACAAAUAGAAGAUGCAAGACUUAUUUUUGAAAAAGCAACACAAGUUAACUACGCUAAAGUUGAUGAUUUGGCAUCAGUAUGGUGUGAAUGGGCAGAAAUGGAAAUACGACAUGAGAACUAUGAAGAGGCCCUCAAGCUCAUGCAAAAGGCUACUGUUUUACCUAGCAGAAAAGUGGCAUAUCAUGAUGAUACUGAAACAGUACAGAUGAGAUUAUACAAAUCUUUGAAGGUAUGGUCUAUGUAUGCUGACUUGGAAGAAAGUUUUGGUACAUAUAAAUCCUGCAAGGCAGUAUAUGAUCAUAUUAUAGAUUUAAAAAUUGCAACACCACAAAUUAUUAUAAACUAUGGUCUUUUCCUAGAGGAACACAACUACUUUGAAGAAGCUUUCAGAGCCUAUGAGAAGGGUAUAGCAUUAUUUAAAUGGCCUAAUGUUUAUGACAUUUGGAAUACUUACCUAACAAAAUUUCUCAAAAGAUAUGGAGGUACAAAACUUGAAAGAGCCAGAGAUUUAUUUGAGCAAUGUCUGGAAAAUUGUCCACCACAAUUUGCGAAAUCUAUAUUUUUACUUUAUGCAAAAUUAGAAGAAGAACAUGGUCUAGCAAGACAUGCUAUGGCUGUUUACGAACGAGCGACAACUGCUGUACUACCAGAAGAAAUGUUUGAAAUGUUUAAUAUUUAUAUUAAGAAAGCUGCUGAAAUUUAUGGUGUACCAAAAACACGCCAAAUAUACGAAAAAGCAAUUGAAACACUUCCUGACGAAAAAGCAAGAGAGAUGUGUGUUCGCUUUUCUGAAAUGGAAACACGUCUUGGCGAAAUUGAUAGAGCGCGAGCAAUAUACGCUCAUUGUAGCCAAAUGUGUGAUCCUAGAAUUACUGCCGAGUUUUGGAAUACAUGGAAGGAAUUUGAAGUAAGACAUGGAAAUGAAGAUACUAUGAGAGAAAUGUUGAGGAUUAAGCGAAGUGUUCAGGCUACAUACAACACACAAGUCAACAUGAUGUCUGCCCAAAUGUUAAGUUCAGCAGCACAAGCGGCUGGUACAGUUUCUGACUUAGCCCCAGGAAUGAAGGAUGGUAUGAGAAUGUUAGAAGCCAAAGCUGCUGAAAUGGCAGUUCAAAGUAAAGGUAAUAUUGCAUUUGUGCGUGGUGAAACACAAGGUCUUAAAGAAAGUGGAGAUAAAGUUGUCAACCCUGAUGAAAUCGACAUUGAUGAAGAUUCUGAAAACAGUGAAGAUGAAGGCGAAGUUGCUCCUGUUCAGAAAAAAGAAAUUCCAGCAGCUGUUUUCGGAGGACUUAUGAAAGACAGCUGA